UUUCAACACUACUAUAUAACAAAUAAUUUGAGCUAAGUUCUCUACGCAAUGGUUGCUGAGGAUGAAAAGCUGCCAAGUCUGUACCUCACAGCAUCUUCCAAGAUUGGUACGGAAUUACUCAUCACUUAACAAAAAUAUUAAGAGUCAAAACUGUUCAUCAAAGAGUGUGAUUCGCUCAGUUCAAACCCACAAUUCAGAAAAAGGAGAAGAUGUAAAAUAUGAUAUCCUUGAGGCCUCUCUGAAGCAUGUUAAAAAUCAUGGAUGGUCAGACACAUCAUUGAAACUGGGUAUAGCAGAUAUGGGACUCUCCGAAGCGUGCAACUCCAUGUUUAAUCUUGGAGGUGUAGAAAUAGCCUUGCAUUAUGAUAAAACAUUAAAUGAGGAGCUUGAGGAUAUGAUGGCCCAACAGCAAGAUGAUCGAAUUCCUGGAAGUGAACCACCCCCAAUUGCCCAUUUCUUAAAAGAUGCCAUUAAAACUAGGCUUGAAUUGCAGCUUCCCUAUUAUGAUCGUUGGGCAGAAGCUCUGGCACUUGUUGUUGAUCCUAAGGUAAUUCCAAGGGCUUCAGAACAAUAUGCCCGUUUCAUUGAUGACAUCUGGUUUUAUGCUGGAGAUAAAUCUACUGACAUAAACUGGUACACUCGUAGAGCCACUGUUGCUGCUGUUUACAGUAUGACAGAACUUUUCAUGAUACAAGACGAAAGUCCUGAUUUUACUGAGACGUGGGCAUUCCUAGAUAGAAGACUAGCAGAUUUGGAGAAAAUGGGAGAAAAUCGUCUGGAACUUGAAAAAGAGUUAAGCAAUGUCGGUGAUAUCACCAAAGCAGCUUUUAUCAUUGCAAGAAAUAUGCUUGGUCGAUAAAUAGUCUAAGAUUCCUCAGAAUUUGUAGUCAUAUUAAACUCUUUGUUAUGUCAAUCGAAUGUGCGUGUGCGUAACACCUAGUUGAACAUGGAAAUAUUCAGAUCCUGGUUAAAUGCAAAUUUGUAUCGUAUGUCGUAUGAUAAGGUAUUUUUUGGAAACGAAGAAAUGAUUUUGUUAAAUUAUUAAUUUAUGACCCUCUUAAUGAUUUAUAAGAUUUUUAAUGUGAUGAAAUAUGUGAACUUUUUCUAUUGGUACAAUUAUUUGCAUUGCUGGCACAUAGAAAAUAUAGCAUUCUAAAAUUGAGCACACAACUCUAAUAAUUACAGUUUCCGACAUAUUUUGUAGCAAAUUCUUGUGUCAGGUCAAGA